AUGCCUGGAACUUGGGGACACACCUCCCCACCGCAAUCUAGGAGCGACUACACUCAAAUCGCCCGCCAGAAGCUCCCAUCAAGACUUGCUUUCACUAAGACGUCAGAGAAAUCCAUCACAGCCGCAGUUUUAAUUGCCCUUGAAAAUUAUGUCGCCCUAGUCGAUCUUGGGGUCAUGGGUUCGACGAAAUACGAUGCGAAGAACAAUAAUGCAUCGGUUGGAUCAGGUGCCCGUCGGUGGAUGUAUAUGCUGAUCAGUGACCCAUCCACUGGCCCAGCAAAGUUCAAGGCAACCAAAAACUUCAAAGAAAAGACGGAGAACCGUCCGGACAGUUUGAACGUGUUGCUAUGGCACUACGAAUCCUCAAUAGAUGGUACCGUUAUCACCCGCAUCAUGGCCAACACGAGGAGCAUCGGGAAACCGCCCGAGCUGGAGGAGACAAUGACAAUACCCACAAUCUCUGGCAGCCUCAGCAAGACGAUGCUGAUAGACUUUCAGAGAAACUGCAUCCAAUCUUAUGGAUGGAUAUUAGGAAGUCUCAGCGUCUUGGCCCCUGAUACAUGCAUUGACAACAGCAGCAAGUUCUGGUUUACUUGCAUAGUCCAGAACAAUCCCACGAUUCUGCAAAAGGCAGUUUAUCUCCAUGAUGAGAGCGUCACCAAGCUAAAGAACUCAAGCAAAAUGGGCAAUUUCACGAAACUUCAACUCUUCAAGGCCAUGUCUACUAUAUACGUGGCAAAGAUGGCGGCAAUGUCACUGUCCUCGACCACAUGGAUGAGAACGUCACCAUUGACUUCAAGGUGCAUGCAGAUAGUGUCGGGAGUUUGA